AUGGUAGCAUCUCAGAAAGUUAUUAAAAAACAUAAAGAAUCGGUGAAAAUAUUACGUAAUUUAAAGAAAAAACAGAAUGUAAAAUUAAAGUCAAAAAUAAAGUUGGUUAAAGUGAGUAAAAAGAAACUGAAACAAAAGGGAAGUACAAAUUUGAAAACUGUACAGGUUAACACUUCCGAAAAUGAGAAUUCACUUAAAGACAUAAAAUCAAUAAGUGAAAAAAUAAAUAAAGGGAUUAAAAAAAAAACAGAUUCCAUAAAAAAAAAAACAGAUUCCAUAAGAAAAUUAACACAUCGACAAUCUCAAAAAGAAAGUACUUCUGAAUCUAAAAGUGUUCUACAUACAGAAAGUAAGGACCACGUGGAUAAGAAGAAAUUGAAAAAUGAAGCAUCGAAACAAAGAUUCGGAAAGAAAUGUUCUACAAAAGUUAAUACACAAAACAAUAAAGAAAGUACUUCACAUUCAAAUAUAAUUUUGAAAACUACAAAAUUGCAAAAGCAGAAGAAGGUAACUAGUGACAAUGACCAAAUCAAUACAGAUUACUUAAAUUUGAAUGAUAUAUCAAGAGAACACAUAUUACAAUGUAUUAACGCCAUUUUUCAUUUGACUGAAGAACAAUUAAGUAAAAAUGCAUUGUUUGAUGAUGAGAGCCAACCUAUGUUUAUGCAAGUAACAUGCAUCAAAGUACCUAAAACUCCACAAAGAUGUAUGAGAAUAUUAUUACCUUACUCAUUAGUGUCGACAAAGGAUGAAGUAGCACUUUUUGUUUGUGAUCUUCAAAGAGGUAGAAGAAAAGAUUAUGAGCCAACAAUAGAACAUUAUGAAAAUUUAUUACACAAACAUGGUUGUACAAGAGUAAAGAGUAUAAUACCACUGAAUCAAGUGAAAACUGAAUAUGAUCAGUAUGAAUUAAAAAGGAAGCUUGUUGGCAGUUAUGAUUACUUCCUUGUAGAUGGAAAAAUAGCUGGUCACUUAUCUCAUUUAUUGGGAAGAGAUUUUUAUAAAAAGAGAAAAUUGCCAACAUCUGUUAAAAUGCACAGCAAAAACUUGAAGUCUGAAGUGGAAUAUGCUUUGAGGCAUACUGUCAUGCAAGUGCAUUCUUUUGGUGAUACACAUGUAGUUCAAAUUGGACAUACCUCUAUGAAAAAAAAAGAAAUUUUAGAAAACAUAUUAGCAACAUGCAAUUAUUUAUCCAAACAUUAUCCUGGAGGUUGGGCUAAUAUUCGUUCUGUCCGUAUAAAAACAACCACUAGUGUUGCUCUUCCUAUAUAUACAACAUUAAAAAAUAAAAGCUUGGUUGAUGUACCAGUGGUACAACCUAAGAGACCAAAAGCAUAUAAGAAUGUAUCAGGAGAAUUGACUACUAGAUCUGGUUUUACUUCUGUAACUGUUACUCCUGAAGGAAAUAUUAUGGUUGAAAAGAAGGAAAAGAUAAAGAAAUAAAAUUCCACAAGU